UACAUGUAAGCGCGGCUUUAGUACACGAGGUUGGUUAUUGUUUUGGAUACAAGUUUUUAACAUGUCGAGUACUGAUAGUAAUUGUUAAUAAUAUUGAUAAAUAAAUUGUUUAUAUCGUCAAUGUAUUUUAUUAAUUGCAUUAAUAAUAAUUAAAAAGUAUAAUGGAGAAUAUUAUAACGAAAUCAAUGAUGAAUCAUCAAGUUCUACGUGUUUUGGGUUAUGCGAGAUUAAGUCACACUCAAGCGAAUCCAAAAUAUCCUGAUAAAAAGAAAAAUAUUAUGACAAAAGUCAAAAAAACUCAUCCCUACAGAUCAAUACAUCCUUGGAAAUCUAAAAUUGACUUUUGCGACAGUAUGAUAAAGCAAGUUAUUUAUAACAAAGAUGGUUUAGUGGCUAUCAAUAAACCUUAUGGUAUAUCAGCAAGAACUCUUGGUGAAGAAAAAAAGGGAAAGAACCCAAUAAUCAGUGGUAUUCCUAAUGAAAAAAAAUAUGUAUUGACAGAUGCGAUACCACUUAUUGCUAAUGCAUUGGGAUAUGAAUCAUUAGUUAUUGCAAAGACACCCGAAAAAUUUACAUCUGGUGUUGUACUGCUGAGUGCAAGUGAUAAAAUAACAGAAGCAGUUGCUAAAUCUUUGAGAGUUGCCGAAGGUAAACGGAUAAUACCGCGUACUUAUUGGACGGUAACAAGACGAGUACCAAUAUUUCCUAGUGGGGAAAGAAGAGUCGCUAUGAAACUAGGGAAAGGUCCUGAAAAAGGUCAGAAGGAACCAGUCAUCAUAUCAUCGUGGUCUGAAAAUGAACGAGUUCGAGGUGACAUUAAAAUUCUCAACGUUCAAUUCAAAGUUUUAUCAUCCGCCACACAUAAUUUAGCUUCUCUGCUGGAGAUAAAAUCAUCCACAAGCCAAUGGCACGCUGUGAGAUUAUUCGCGGCCAUCACUUUGCUGAGUCCAAUCCUCGGAGACCGAGUCUAUGGAUCCAGAGCUCAAGAUGUAAUGGGAAAAUUUUUAGCUAUUAGUCCAUUCGUUGACGCAGCCCAUGUUCCCCCUAGAUUGGACGAAGAAUUAUUGCGGUUGAUUAAAAUUACCCAGAACAAAACUUUGAUGAUUCCAGCCCACGUUCACUUGAGGGAAAUGUUCCUCCCGUCGUUCAUAAAAAAAGGAAACGACGUUUCCAUCGUAGCUCCACUCCAACCAGAAUUUUUAUGGACUUGUAAUAAAUUAUUGAUCAAUGAAGAAUUUUUAAAGCCUACCGACAAUAAUAUUAACUCUAGUCCUAGUUCUGAUGACCCACAGGCCAACAAUGACGUUGAAAAUUGUGUAGCAGUAAGGCAAAAUUAAUUUGCUGAUGUGAAUCAUCAUAAAUUUAUUUUAUACACAUGUAAAUAAUAAUCAUAAUCAAUAAACUGUUAAUUAUUAGA